GCUUUUCUGCACCCUGGGCCGAUAGAAGGUGACAAACGAAAAAUGGAGCUACGAUACACAAUGUCCAAACGAAGGAAAAUCACUUACGGCUGGCUUAGCUCUUCCAUUAUAUUCUUCAUUGCGCUGAUAGAACUCAUAGCGAAUGUUCACAGCUUGAAGGAUCUCAAAAUAUUCGUCCCGGAAGCGGUCAUCAUGGGGAACGCGGCGACACUGUCCUGUCAAUUCGAGCUGGAAAAGGCUUCCCUCUACUCCGUACGGUGGUACUUCGAGACCGAGGAGUUCUAUCGCUACGUGCCGAAGGAGUCACCGCCGGCGCGCACCUUUCCCGUCUCCGGCAUAACAGUUGACGGUACUCAAUCGGACUCAACCUCGGUCACUUUGCGUGGCGUCACGCGUGACCUAACGGGUCAGUUCCAGUGCGAAGUGUCCGAGGACGCACCACUGUUCCACACCGACAUCCGGCAGGCCCGAAUGCAGGUCGUCGAGCUACCGAAGGAGGACCCACACAUGCAGCUGGACAAAACACACAUCACCACGCUGGACAAUUUCCGGGCCGUUUGCACCGUGGGGACAUCGUUUCCGGCUGCUAACAUUACCUGGUACAUCAACUCGAAACGGAUCCACCGGACGCCGUACCAGCGCAUAACGUACCGGUCGUACGAAGGAACGCCAACCUUCUCGUCGCUCGAAAUGUUCCCGCACAGCCAGGUGCUGCUGGACAUCUACCAGUCGAUGCCGCCGUUCCACACCAGUCUCACGGUCAUGUGCGAGAUCUCGAUUCUGCACAUCUACACCAAGAGUGCCCAGCAGCGGAUCCUCGUCAGCGAUCUGGUUACGACCAUCUCGCCCAACCUGCUCGGUCUGGACGGCUCGAAGCGGUUAAACAACGGUGACCCCGACAACUCACCCCUCACCGGGGGUGGCGUUGGCAUUGGCCGUGGCUCGUUCGUGCUGCUCUUCGGCCUCUGGACUGUCGGGGCGAUGCUGUGGACUCUGCACUCCGACUGGCAGCACGUGGACCGGGUAUCGAGAUUGUGAUUGGCUUCCGGGCAGACUCUGUACAUAUAAAGCGCAGGUGAGGCGCUACCGAUAGUCGGCAAGCCGGCAAGGAAGCCGGAGUUAUUAAGUAUAAACAUAACAUAAAUAGUAGAAUUGAUUACGAUAUUCAGUGUGCGGGCUACAAACUGGAGACGGUGUGCUCCCGAUGGUGGUGGUACUGUAAGGUAGUUUAUUUCGCGUUCAGCUUCUGAGAAAAUACCAAACAAACUUAGCGCGGAUAGAGCAUAGAAGGGAUCGCUAGCUACCCGCUCGACGGUCUUGUCCUGAUUAAACGAAAUUCCAACAAAUCCUGCGUGGGGCUCUUGCGCGGCAACACGCUAUCGAUAUGGGAGCUAGACCUGUGUGUGUGUGUGUGUAAAUUGUAUAUG